UGUCUUUCUACGUAGAUGUACCUUCACAUUUAUGCGUAGAAAAAAAUGAAUAGAUUAUCGACUUUGCGCGAAAUGUACUGCGCAUCUUUUUACGCCAAAGUGACGUAAAAAACAACGUUACGUACAUCUACAAGAAAUGGACGUUUCCUGUAAAGAAUCAGCAGAUAUUUUGUUAUAAAUCUUGAUCUAAUCUACUGUCUGCCGAAGAUGGACUACAAUGAAUAGAUUAGUACUAAUCGCUGUGUGUUUACUUUGUUGUGCCGUGAUCGCUGAAGAAAGUGUUUGUGGCAAUGAUGACAGGGAACCAGUCUCUGACGCUUGGAAUUAUCGUUGGUUCCCGCUCUCACUGUUAGACUGGAAAGGUCAGCUCUGUGAUACCGACGUUGACUCAUCCGGCAGGGAUCGUUCCCGCGAUGGAAUCUCUCUCAUCGGCGGAGGAACGUUCUCAUUACUUGAACGUAUCCUGCUUUUUCCCGUCUGUCUGUUAGAAGACGACGAAUAUAACAAAGGUUUCGAAUGUACCGACGCUGGAGGCACAGGAACGGCACUCCAGAUAUGCCAAAAUAAUGACGAUACAUGUCUACUUGAAUAUGUCAUUGAUGCAGGUCAGAAAGCUUUAACCAGAACCAAAACAUCAAUAGAAGAGAAUUACUCAACGUUCGGUUUGGGAAAGGCAACGUUACUAGCACAGUACCUGCAGGACAUAUACCACAACAAGUUACUCCACUUGGAUAAGAUACCAUCCAGUGUCCUGUCUGCUCUCCAGCCGUUGUUCAAUUGCAUUGACACGGCCCAGACCAAAGUAAUUACACAUCUGGGAGAGUUCACUGUCCCAGAUGUUGGACUUUCAAGCACGUGGACUCUGUUUCAGCACCUGCUUAAAGAGGCGAAAUGGACAACAGUACGCUAUAUAAUUGUCGGAAUAGUUGCAAUAUCUCUCUUUCCGCCAUCCAAACAAAUAGGUAGAUAUGUAAGAAACGCCAUGCGUUCAGCGAAACGAUUGUGUGGUCUACAUAAAGAGACACGUGCAUCUGAUAGGAGGUUCCAACCAUCUUUGUGUCCAAUUGCGGAACAUUCCUCAGAUAAUCCGGUUUUAAUUAGGCUUGAAAGUUUCAUGGAUAUUAUACGGACAAGUAAAUUACAAAUGCCAUCUCCAAGAAUAAAACAAAUGUUAAAAGAGCACUACCCAAUGUGUGAAUGCUUUGAUUAUCAAAACUGUAAUUGCGACGGAAAGUCCUUCUGUAAAGAAUCAACACACUUUAAAAUGUGCGAGGUCUUUGAUUUGUUGCCGUGUAACUGUGGAGGUGCCACUAUGAACUCUACAUCUACAGACUGUGAUGCCUCUGCAAAUAUUCCACUUGAUGAACUUCUUUUAAAGUCAAAUGUCUGUAAUGAUGACGAAACAGCACACACAAAAUGUACUGUAACAACUACAGACCAAAGCGUUCAAACAGUACUGGAUGUUACGUCUAGAGACACUUCACCUGAACCUUCGUUUGAGGCAACGAAUGUUGAACAUCACUUGCCGCACUGGGUCCAGAUGGCUGUCGGUCACUAUCACAUGCAUGGUUGCAAGGUCUUGCAGUGUAGAGCUUUGCAUGAAAGUAAUGACGAGUCAAAAGAAGCUGCAAACCCCGACACUUCAAAUGCUAGUCCAUUGGACUUAUCACAGUCGGUGAGCGACGUAUCGGUUGAACUAUUAAACGAUAGCAUAGACGCUGUAGAGCAUUCGCAAGACGAGAGUGAGGAGGGGGAAGAUCUACCUAGAUAUUUAGAUGACUCCCCGGAGUUGGAUUCUGAUGAGGAAGAGUUUAACAGACACCUUGAUGGUAGUGCCACUAGUGAUAUCGGAUCUCCCAACAUAAACUCAAGCUUUAAAGAGGGUUCACCAUACUUCACAGCUAACUCCGUUACUUUAUCCGACCUGCAAGAUCGUGGCGAUGGAACGGUGUAUUCUACACUGACAAGAAGGUCCCCGUACGUUGAAGAUGGAUUGAGUGACCUGUCUUUGAAUACGAGCUGUAGAGAGAGUGAAGGGAGCCUUCUUGACGUAUCUGAUAUUAACAAAAGUGUUUCAUUUACAUCUGGCGAAGGGUUGAUCGAAGUUGCCGCAUUAUUUGCAUUGCAAACAAUCUGGGGUCUGGCAAAACGGGCCUGGCAACGCAUACAGGCGGACACGAGUUAUAAUGACGUUGCAAUAGAAGAAAACGAAUGUGGACUUUAUAUUAUCAGACAAAACAACAAAUCCACCGCUCUCAGACCAUCGAGGCGUUCAGUAAAUAAACGUUCACCAGAACAUGACACCACAGAAUUCCAUGAAGAUGAUAGAAACAACACAGAAACUGUUCUCCAUUAUAAAAAUAUCAACACUGUAAGUAAGAGAGAAGUUCUGAAAACCCCAACGUUAGCAGAGAUAAAUUACCAUAGAAACUACGGUACCUUCAACGAAAGGACAUAUUCAACUCGGCAAAAGCAGAAGUUAUAUAAUACAAUAUUGCUCCAAAGCUGCCCAAACAUUGAAUCCCCUGCUGAUGAUGAAAUACAAGAAGAAAACACUGAUUGUAACAAUAAUGCUCGAUACAGUAAGAGGAAAAGGGAUACGUCUAAAAGAUUAACCGACAGUGACAGCCAAGCUGACUGGGAGGAUUGUGACUGUCCUGACCAUGUUGCUAGAAAAAGAGGCCGUAUAACCUACAAAACUAGCCAAACUAUUGAUAAAUGUCUCACGAACAGCCAUGGCAUUGGUGGCAUUAGUGGACGCCAAAGUAUUAACAAAAAGAGAACACGAGCUCGUGCUAAAUGUGAAAAAAGACGGGUUUCCAAAACUAGUCCGGCACAGUCGACGCACAAAGAAAAAAGACCGAAGUUCUCACGCAGCAGGAAAGAUUUACAUAGCAGAAACCAAUCCAAUGACUUACAGGUUUCAAUCGACCGUUUAUCGCGCGAUUUAAGGAAUACAUCUGUUAACGAUCAUAUCGGUAAAUAUGCUGGCGACACUAGUGAUGAAUUUGCAGACGAGUCAGCGAGCUCGUCAGAUGAAAUAUCUAAAAGCAAGACUGCAUUGCCGAAAACGGAUCACAACUUUGCUUAUUCAAAAACAACGUUAAGAUGUAAAGAAAAUGACGACAACGGAAACGCAUCAACUAGUGAUAACAAAGCGUGUUCAUGCAAAAACUGCAAAAAUCAACAUAGAGAAUUAGAAUUAAAUGACAUUGUUGAGAAACUUCGAUCACUUCGAUGUAAUGUUUGGGAACUUAAAAACUACAGCUAUAUCAACAAAAAUGACAACACUUCAAAGGUUCUGGCAUGGGCAUGGUCAUGUGUCGAAAAGUAGACAAUUAAGGUAGAUCUCAGUGUUUGUCAAGGAAUAAUCAAAUAGUUCGAAAUGCGUGUCUGAUGUUACAAAUUAUCAUGAAAGUAGGUUUAAAUUAUCACUAUUUUUCAUAAUAAAGCAAAGAUAAAUCAA